AUGAUAAAGCGCAAUGUCCAUAAGAAUGAGUUGAAAAUCCUCGAUGUCCCCUCGAAGUGCGGCAUCCUUACCAAAGAGGACCUCGCGGUUGCUGAACUUCCUGAAGCAACUUCGCUUCACGACAAGCUCGCCACUCAAGAGUUCGGUACCAUCGAAGUGACCACUGCCUUUUGCAAGCGCGCCCCCAUUGCGCUACAGUUGACUUCACGCUUGGCGGAGACCGUGUUCUCGGAGGCCCUCGUUAGAGCGGAAGAGCUAGACGCACAUACCAAGACUACUGGAAAACCUGUCGGCCCACUUUACGGUAUCCCAAUUAGUUUGAAGGAAACCUUCAAUAUCAAUGAUGUGCCGACUUCUCUCGGAUUUGCAUCUUUCUUGGGUCACGAGGCCGUCACUCAGAACUCUGUCUUGGUCGAUAUCAUUAUGGAAACAGGCGUCAUUCUGUACGUGAAGACCAACAUGCCUCAGACAAUACCGACAGACUCGCACAACAAUGUUUUUGGACGUGUGCAGAACCCACACCGAAACACAACACCCUCACGGCCGGCGGCAGCAGUGGAGACGAAGCAGUUAUGGUAG